AACCUCGCCAUUUCAAUAUGGCGGCGGUAUCAAGUUUGCUUCAAUCAAGUCAGCCAAGAGGAUCACGGUUUCAGAAGACAGAGAUCAGUCUAGGCAUGACUAAGUCCGCAGAAACUGACUGGAGCCGUCUACCCUACCCAGCCUUGCUGCUAGUCUUCCAGCAACUGGACGUCAUAGACCGGUGCCACGCCUACCUGACGUGUAGAGCCUGGCUGCACAAGCUCUCACCACCGUCCUUGUGGCGUAGCUGCCACUUCACCUUGCACCCUACCACAGCUGAUACGUCGCCUCAGUUUCCCGUGAUCCUGGGGGAAUCGUUACGCCACCUUCAAGUCGACUGUUCAGAUGACUCUAGAACUAAAGUGGUCUACGACUUGCUAGAGAGCAUGCUGCAGGCUGGCAACCAGCGACUGGUCACUGUUAGCUUGACCAGCAUGAGGAGGCUCCAGCCUGACUUCAUCCACGCCACGCCGGACCUGGUCAAACACCUCGCCACUUUGUUGGCGAACCAGCGACAGCUGCGUGUGCUCGAUCUCACAAACGCUGAUCUAACUAUAAACCAAGGUGUACAACUGUUGGCGGCUGCCCGUAACACCAUUCACACCUUGGCCAUUGACAACCUCUUCUUCACGUGGUUUGAUUAUUCCUUGAUCAAAGACAUCGAGGAUGCCAUUUUCCGCUUCACCAACUUGAAGGACCUAGAGAUAAACUAUGACUGCCUGCGUGAUUCGUUGCUGUACGGCCUGGCCAAGACAGCCAGGAACAAGUUGCAGACGAUAAAAAUUGUCGUCAGCAACAACUACACCAUCGAGGAGGUGACGACGUCUGCGGCCUGGCUAAAUCUCACAUCCGCAUGUCCACACUUGAAAGUUGUGUUUGUUAUCGAACUGGAAAACGACAUGUGUGCUGAUGAUGACCUAAUUAACGCCUUGACCCCGUCCAUGCCACUGCAUGCCUUACAUUUUACCGCGGGGACGGAGUUGACCCAUUUAACAGAGGAGACCUUUGAGUACAUCGGCGAUACCUUUAAGAACUCAUUGCGGCAUGUUCAAAUCAAAUACGAAAGUUACCUACCUAAAAGAUACAUCGUAGAACUGAUUAACAGCUGCUCCAGCCUAGAGACGGUGACCGUAAUGGAACGUUUCCAAUCAAGUUACGUCACGAUCAAUUUCAAGCGGCUGCCCCGAACUUCUCGCGCCUGCUUCAGACAGACACACACCUUCACGGUCACACUUGAUGCCGAGUUCAAGGUUGUUCUGGAACCUCAGGUCACCCCGCCCCACACAAGUUGGUCCGUGGAUCGGAUGAAAUCGUACUGGACAGCGGCCUACAAUUCCUGGGUGGGAGUGUACAAAUGGUGGACGAAAUAAAGCCAGGGUCAA